UGAGCGGGCCCCGGGCCCCGCAGGUCUAGGGCUGAGGUAGUGCGCGGUGGCGCCGCCAGCGUCCGGCUCCCUUGCUGGAGGCACAUUGGAGGUUUAAGCCUCCACUCGGACCCACCCAGUGCCUUGGUCUACUGUGGACACCGCGCCGGCUCCACCGCGCGGGAUCACCGGCGGGCCGCAUCCUCAGGUGCCAAGGCCGCCGCAGUGACCCCGCCCCCGGGCCAAAGAUGUGAGGCCGGCUGGGCGUCCCCGCACUGAGCCCGGCGCCAGGAGUGGGCGGCUCGGCAGCGCCAGGCGAUGGCCCUGCUGCCGGUGCUCCUCUCCCCCUGGGGCCUGGGGCUGUGAGGGGGCCGGGGAGCGAGGGGAAGUGGCCCCGGCGCGGCGCAGGCGCAGGGGCCGCGGGCGCCAUGGAGGGGGUGCUGUAUAAGUGGACCAACUAUCUGAGCGGUUGGCAGCCUCGAUGGUUCCUUCUCUGUGGGGGAAUAUUAUCCUAUUAUGAUUCUCCUGAAGAUGCCUGGAAAGGUUGCAAGGGGAGCAUCCAAAUGGCAGUCUGUGAAAUUCAAGUUCAUUCUGUAGAUAAUACACGCAUGGACCUGAUAAUCCCUGGGGAGCAAUAUUUCUACCUGAAAGCCAGAAGUGUGGCUGAGAGACAGCGGUGGCUGGUGGCACUGGGGUCAGCCAAGGCUUGCCUGACAGACAGUAGGACCCAGAAGGAAAAAGAGUUUGCUGAAAACACUGAAAACUUGAAAACGAAAAUGUCGGAACUAAGACUUUACUGUGACCUCCUCGUUCAGCAAGUAGAUAAAACAAAAGAAGUGACCACAGCUGGUGUGUCCAAUUCAGAGGAGGGAAUUGAUGUGGGAACUCUGCUGAAGUCAACCUGCAAUACUUUUCUGAAGACUUUGGAAGAGUGCAUGCAGAUUGCAAAUGCAGCCUUCACCUCUGAGCUGCUCUAUCGCACCCCCCCAGGAUCACCGCAGCUGGCCAUGCUCAAGUCCAACAAGAUGAAACAUCCUAUUGUGCCAAUUCAUAAUUCAUUGGAAAGGCAAAUGGAGUUAAACAGUUGUGAAAAUGGAUCUUUAAAUAUGGAAGUAAAUAAUGAUGAAGAAAUCCUUAUGAAAAACAAGAGCCCCUUGUAUUUGAAACCUGCAGAACUGAAUUGCAGCAUAUUGAGUGAAGAAAAUACUGAUAAUAAUAAUAUAACAGUCCAAGGUGAAAUAAUGAGGAAAGAUGGAGAAGAAAACCUGGGAAAUCAUGACAACUUGACAGGAUCAAACUCCUCACAUAGCUCUUCAGAAUCCCAUUGGGAAGAAAGCCAUGAAGUUAUCCCAACUUUCUUUAGUACCAUGAAUACCAGCUUUAGUGACAUUGAACUUCUGGAAGACAGUGGCAUUCCAACAGAAGCAUUCUUGGCAUCAUGUUAUGCUGUGGUUCCAGUAUUAGACAAACUUGGCCCUACAGUGUUUGCUCCAGUUAAAAUGGAUCUUGUUGGAAAUAUUAAGAAAGUAAAUCAGAAGUACAUAACCAACAAGGAAGAGUUUACCACCCUCCAGAAGAUAGUGCUACAUGAAGUGGAGGCCAAUGUAGCCCAGGUCAGGAACUCAGCUACAGAAGCCCUCUUGUGGCUGAAGAGAGGUCUCAAAUUUUUGAAGGGAUUUUUGACAGAAGUGAAAAAUGGAGAAAAGGAUAUCCAGACAGCCCUGAGGACCCCUAAUGUGCUGCUACUGUUCCAUAUGGAGAGAGAAAGUUCCCUGACCAACCCACCCUCUGCUCCAGACACAAGACAUAACAAACUGUGCAAACAAAUACAGUUUUAUGAAAAACAUUUACACAUUAACUUUUCAGAACCCAUAGGCUCCUCGAUGCAUCUUUCUCCUGGGCUAAUAGCUUCUCUUUUCCCAUUUUGAAAUACCAGCCUUUUUAAGUGGAACUGAUGUCUAGUCUGAAAUGAGUGACUUUGGGUAUAUAGGUAAAAAUGUGUUGUGCAAUUUAUAUGCCAUGUAUAGGCAAAUUAAACUGCGUCUUUUAAAUUCUAAAAUUGAAUUUGAGUUACUGUAAUAACACCUACCCAGUGUAGGUAUGACCCUAGGUUCUUGAUACUAUUUCAUUUACUUUUCCAAAUACUCCCCUUUUAUGGUGAGAAAACUGAGGAUUAGAGAGAAUAAAUACCUUCCCUAGGAUCUUGAAUUUUUACCACUGUUUCUCACAGUGGUCCAAGAACACUAGCAUCUUUGUCCCUGGAAAUUUAUUAGAAAUUCAGACUACCAGGCCCCAUUACAUCUGCCAAGCAGGAACUCUGGAGGUAAGGCCCAGCAAUCCUUGUGUUAACUGGCCGUUCAGGUGAUUCUAAUCCAUGCUGAAGUGUGAGGACCACUCAUACAGAGCUAGGGUCUUGAAGCUCACUAGACUGCAUUUUGAUUAUUUGGGAAUUUUGAUCUGAAUGAUCAUUAAAUGAGCAGGAGUAAAAGUGUUGAAAUUAGGUAGCCAUAGCAUCAGCUAAUUUCACCUUUUUCAUGAUAAUUAGCUAGUUAUCCAGUGACUGAAAAUUUUUCCUAACCCAGGAACAGCAAGACAGUUAGUAAGGACAAAUAAAGGGUAAACCUUGAAUGGUGCCCCCAAAUAUGAAAACAGUGGUUAAGAAAGUUUUUGAGGUGAUUGUUUAUAAAACUUGUGUAAUCUUAGUGGUCUUGAAAAUGGGACAUAUGUAAAAGUCCUCAAUGACACAACAGAAGCCUUGACAUCUAUUAACUUCUGGAAGAUGCAUAUAUAGUCAUAGUAUUGCUGCAGUUCUGUGUUCUAGAAUGAGUUCCCAGGAUCUGGAAGGAGACCUUAGGCUUUAUACUGCCUCCUUUUGCAUUUAAGCCAGCACUUGGAUUCUCAUAAUGAUGAUCAGAGUAGAAUGUUUUGGGUGGUCUCAUGCCAGGAGCUGCUCUGAACUCUUAGUGUGUCACGUGACAUUCUCUAGAGGUUAUUCUAAGAAAAGAGUUAGAGUCCAUAAGGCAGAUUUGUUUAAUGGUCCACCCUGUAGCUAGCCCCUUCAUUCACAGAUGCCACAUCAAAAAUAGCUUUUGGAAAGCAUCCUUGUAAGUAAAAGGUAGAAAAGUUGCCCUGGCAUUUCAUGUACCAAUGUACUAAAUGUUUUGUGCUCUGCACUGUUCCCUCAGCAGGAUAGCGUAUUGCCAUAUCCCUCUCCUUAGAAUGAUUCCAUAAAUGUCAGGUAAACAGUAACCCAAACAAGAUCUCUAGCAUAGAAUAGGAAAUUUUUUUAAAGGAUGCUCAGUUAUGUGUUUAAUCUAAAAGGCUUUCACAGACAAGGGAAGCUAUGUAAGAGAGACAGUCAGAACUUAUAAUCAAAUAUUUAGCAUCAAAUAACAACUUGAGUAAUUAUUCUGAAAAUACUGUGGAGUGUGAAUCUAAUCACGCCCUCUCCAAAACUUCUCACAGCAUGUACCUCUAAUGGCAGGAUUGGCUUGCAAUAUAAGUUUUCAUUUUGAUUGUGCUUGAAGUUAAUAAAGAAUAUGUCUGGGUACUUGUUUCACCUCUGUCCACUGGUUAUUGAGUUGGCUUUUCUCCAUACAAUUCAUUUUGCUUGAAACUUAGUCACUAUAAAGAAUUCAGAGGUUAUUUUCCUAGUAGCUCAGGUUUUUUCAAGUUAUGAAUAUUUCAGACAUUUAAUAUGUAUCAACCACUUGACAAAAUAUAGAAAAUAGUUCAAUAGAGUGCCCACAUGCCACUCCUUGACCCCAUGAUACCUCUCAUUUUCCAGAGAAGAUCAUCCUGAAUCUAUUUAUCAUUAUAAAAUGCAUGUUUUUUCUAUUUUUACUAUAUAUUUGUGUGUCUGUAAACAGUAUCUAGUACUGUUUUGCAUGCUUUAAACUCACAUACAUGAUGUCACAUUAGACACAUUUUCUUUUUCACUCAGUGUCAUUUUUCAGAUUUAUUCAGUGCUUGUUCACUCUCAAACCUCUCCUGGUUCCUGAUUCUUAAUCUAAGGACUGCCUGAUUUAGCUAUUUGCAGAGCUGAGAUGAUUGUUAUUUCCGUACCUCAGUGAACAAUUGCUUCCAUCUUUCAUGGCUUUGCUAAUCAGCUUUCCAAGCCCUCUCUUAAAAUUUAGAUUUAUUUUUCUCCUUUGUCCUUUCUACAACCCAAGGUAACUUUAUAAAUUCUUAUCAAUUACAGAUUUAUAAUAGAGAAACACUGUCAUAUAUGCAGUUCCUGGAUAGAGUAGUUGCCAACACUAAUAGAAGUUCUAGCUCAGUACUAUAAUAGGUUUAGGUAUAAUCUCUAAAUACCUCAUAACAAGUUUCUGAGUUACCAGUAAAGAAAUCAAAUCUGUGUGUUUCCAUAAUCAGAAUAAGGUUCUAAUUCUUCCAGGAAAUGGCUGGAAAAGGCACAGUUUUCAUUUUCAUUAUUGUGAUUCCCAAAGAAUAAACAUUUGUUUUUUGGCAGAAUAGUUUUAAUGCUAAACGAAUACUCCCAAGUUCUCAUUGCUUUUAGCUUUAUGUCUUCAUGCAAAUCACUUUCUCUCUGGGUCUUCUGUUUCUGUAUUUGGAAAAGGAAGAGAAUUGGGCAAGAUGAUUGUCAAGGCUUCUUGCUCAGAAAUUGUGACUCAGUCUCUGAGGAACUGAAACAUCUCAGCUGGGAGAAGGGUAUCAUUUGUCUUUCAGAGGCCAAAAAUACUUCAAGAUUAUAGAACAUGCAUUAUGAUAAUGAAUGAGUAUUGCAGUUAAGAUUAAUGUAUUUCAUUAUCUAAUCUUCUCUAGGUAACCAAAAUAGGUCAAGCUUAGACUUCAUCUUAUUUUAAUGCAGCCUCACGUGACAGGGAUAUUGGCAGCCCUACAAGUUCAUUAAAGACUUUCAGCAAGUCUUUUUCUUUUUAUUAAAUGAAUUUUAUUUCAUUUGUUGGUUUUAAAUUGCACCAGGGCCUGAGUCAAGAUCCAGCCCAGGUUCUCUCUGACUCCUUCUUUUCCUAUAGACUAUCUGGCCCAUAUUUUGCCCGGCGGGAGUCUUCCCUGGCAAGGUACAGGCACAGCAAGGAAUAGCUGCCUCCUCUAGAGGCGCCAGGCUGGAGGACACAGAUCGUACUGCUGUACAGACACUCCCUCUUCCUUAGGCCAGGCUGCGCAUGUUAUUUGGACUCAAAACUCUCUUAUUUUCUUGCUGUUCUUUAGAAGAGGGUGUGGAGAAAGGUUUCGAGGCUCUUUUGAAUGGUUGACUUGAAUGGCAAACUGCAGGAAAGGUAUAAAGUCCCCAAGGCUGGUUCUAGAGCCCCUUGUAAAUAAACAGUUUGUCCAGCCUGGUGGGCUUUGGAGUUGAAGGUUCAGGGACCAAGACGCUACACUUGCUGUAUAUUGUAAAGAAGUGUGACUCUCAUCUCAUUCCUUUCUCCUCACAAUUCCAGAAUGCUCAUGACUGUUAGAAGAAAAUAAUACUAUACAUAUAGGAAAAAAGAAUAUGCCCACAGAACGUGCACUGUGGUUAUCUGUGGGAGGCAUGAUUAUAAGUUCCUUUAGUUCCCUCCUUUUUGUGUUUCAUAUAUUUUUGACAAUGAACAUGCAUCACUGGUGAAAUCAGAAAAAAGCAGAAAGUGUUAUAUUGUUUAAAACUUCCACUGUGCCUCAGGUGGGAAGUUCGGAAAACCGUGAUAGGCAUAGAAAGGCCUCACAAUUUGAUCCAGCCCCAGUGAAUUACUACUCCCUGUUGCCCAGCAUGCUAUCAUCUCUCACAACUCCGUGGUGCUUCCUCUAUCUGCAGCCUUGGUCACCACCCUUCUCUGCGCUACUCAGCCUCUGAUUGAGAAUUUGGAGAAUUCUCUGUCCACAUGCACUCAGGCUGAAAUCAGCUGUCUGUUCCUGUAGCACUGUGUACAGAGCUCUAUCACUGUAGUUGGCAAUUUCUGUAGUAAGAACUGUUAAGUGGCUGGCUCAUAUAAGCCCAUGAACUUCCUGAGGGCAGGAGACUUAGGGCUUAAGUCACCCAAGGAUCUCUGCUGCUUUGCACAAUGUGGGGCAUGUGGCAGACUCUCACUAAAUUAUUGUUGAAUGCAGCAGCUGUCUCAUUGUGGAUGUCCACAAGCAGAUUUUAAUGACUGAAUUUCAUCUAUUUAUUUAUAAUGGCCAUUAAUACCUUGCCUGUUAAGAAUCACAAUAAAGAAAGUAUUCCCACUGUCUUACCUCUGUGACUCAUGUCAGAUUGGUUUCCAUGGACCUAUAUAGUAUCUUGCCAGCCCAUGUGGCUUCUUGGAAUGGAUGGUUGGAAAGUUUAUUGUCUGCUGAUUUAUCUCAGAGGCUCCACCCAGUGUCCAGGAUUUUCUGUGCAUCUGCUCUAUAUACUUCGUGGACCAGCAACCCUUUCUUCACUAAGGCUUUAUAUAUCAUCACAAACGUCCCUGGCAAAAAUCCGUCCUCUCAGAGAAUCAGAUAGGUUUAAAGUGUGGCUUCCAUUGAAGACUUGUAUCUUUGACCAUGGCCUGGUCUACAGAGACUGUUCUCCUAAGAAAAAAAAUUAAAUUGAAUCUUAAGUUCUCCUUUAGGCUGUUUCUAAGAGUCUUCUUUAAUUCUUUGUUGUUUCUGCUUUGGCUUUACCAUACUCGAUGUUGGCUUUUCAUCCUGUUCCUAAAACUUGAGGUAGCCAAGAAAAUCUGCUGUUGUAUUUCAAAUGUAGUCUUCUUUUAUAUGAAACUUAAUUGUAAUUUAUACAAACUUGAAUUAUGUAAAAUCGAUAGGAUAUGCCAAAAGUAAUAAUAAAGCCUCAUCCAAAUUUUAAAAUUAAAGUUGACAAGAAUUACAUCAUUUCCAAGCUAAAGAGCUUCAGUAAAUUGUAAACUGUGUUUGAGCUGCAGACACAUAGCAGUGCUAUUUUGGCUAGUAAAAUACAGAUACCUGACAUCAUUUGGCAGUAUUCUCUGAACCACUUUGCUUCUUACUGCAUAGGAACUGAUGGUUUUGGUAUCAGUUUUUCUAAUACAUCUCUUAUUAUAAUUUAAAAUAUUUUUAUAUCCUAUUAUAAUAUCACCUAAGCAUUGAUUAAAUUGUGGUGGUCUUUGGACUGGUGCUGAAACUAGCACAUGAAAAUAAAUAACUUUGAAAUAGAAUUUAGAGGUGAGAAAGCAUGAUGAGGAAGGUCAUUCAACUCCCAUGAUACUCUGUGCCAUCAGUGUAGGAGUGAGCACUCUGUAAACUCCUGGAGAUGAUGCUUAGAAAAUAAGCUAGAGAAUUAAAAUAAAAAUGCACUAUGGCGAUGUAGAUCUGUGUCUCCUGAGAAUGCAUUUAUUCCUAUGGAAAGAUCAAUUUUGAAU